UCGCCGGUGGAAGAUAAGUUGCCUGCAGGAUAGGCUCACUUGGGCUGCACUAGGUAACAAUGGUGGGGGGCAUGUUGUGCCCUCAUCAUUCUUUCGAUGUGGGUGCGCGCGUGUGCAUGCAUAUGUGAGUUUGCCUGCGUGCAGGCUGACUGAAUGUGUGUGUACUACGUUCCCGAUGAGCUUGCCGUUGUACAGUCGUACUGCUGGUGCGGUUCUGUGAAGACAUUGUACCCCUGCCAUCAUAACUAAGUCUGUCUGUUUUGGCGGUGUGCCUAUACAACAACACCACCAUCUUCAUCAGCAGCAGCAGCAGCGCGGCGACGAGCAACGCCAGCAGCGUCCGACUCGCCUGUCGGCUAUGUGUUAAAAGCUGUGGCAACGCUUCUGUCGCGGCUGACACGGCCGCUGCCGCGUAGGUCAGGGCGCCCUCUGUCCUCGUUCCCGCCUUUUGCAGGCCAGAGUGCUGCUGCUGCCGCCGCCGCUGCCGCUGUUCCUAUCCUGCUGCUAUGGCCUGUUUGCCCGGCUGGCUGCGUUGAGCCGUUGGUUGUUGAUAACUUUGAGCUGUCUGCUGCUGUUGGCCGCGAACAAAAGCGCGCGCACUCUAAGAGAACGACGACAGUAGCGGCUGCUGCUGCGAGAAUCUCGAGACACCACACGGCCGAGACGCACGAACGGUCGGUCGGUCGGUCGGUCGGUCGGUCGGUCGGUGCUGGUACAGAGGCAAGUCGGACCGAUCCGAACAGAACGCCCGAUGGUGGCUUCGAGUGCGGUAGUUAACGCCUGAAACAGAGCUGGCGAGCCGUGGUGGCCUGUAAAAGGUGCUAGUGCGAAAAAACCUGCGGCAAGGCUCCUACGGGCGCCAGCGUGCUGCUGCUGGCGGCGGGGCCGUUGAUCAUAGAACGACAGUGUGACGACUGGCCUACUUAUGCUAAUAGGAGUCCUUAGAAAGCACAGCAGUGACGUUUGCCGGUUCUGUCCUAUUGCAAUAUUACUCUACUAUUACACACUGCUGAUGUGUGUACCGCAAACCAGCCAUGCGACUAACGUGAUUGUCUAUGCGACUUACAGGCUAAGAGAAAAGCUGAGAAAUCGUAACCAGAGAGGUUUUUUGAGCCGCUUGACAACAGGAGAGAGUAGCAAUAGACGAACAAUUCAAAAACGAAGUGAACUUGGCGACGGGUAGGCAAAAAAGUAAAAGUCGUUGCCCACUUGGUGGAACACACGAUCUUACCGAACAGUACCGUUUAUUUAUUUAUUUUGGGAACUCCCUCUUGGAAAACUAAUCUAUUUAGCCAGUCAGCGGACCAGCGGCAGCCGGUGCGGUAGGGGCCCUCGACAACUCGGCCCAGGCUACAAUAAACAACAAAAAUAUCGACAACUACGAGCGGGUUUAACCGCGACCGAUGUACUAGAGGCAACGACUCCUCGUAGAAACUGUGCCUAGUAUCGAACGAAAGAGUACCUCUCCACGAGAACCAGCUCAACAACGAUCGAGAACCAUAUUGCAACGAGACUACUACACCUGUAACCGGUUGCUGCAGCUGAUACGUCCUGGAGAGGAAACCGCGCAGUGAAAAAUUGUUAUCCGGAGAUAACGGGGUAUAAGCAGGAGCUAUCGACGCAGUCCACACGCUGUACAGGUGCGGUUCAUUGUUUCCCUACUACGAGACCAAUUUCAGCAACAGAAACGCUCAAGUGUCCCGCGUGGAGUGAUCAUCUUUUCAACAAAUAGCGUUACCAGUGGCAAUAGUCAUCCUUGUAGCUUCGUUCAUGCGAGAAGCAAGCGCAUAUAGUGCAUCGUCUGACGGUUAAAGGGUCGCUAGACUUGAAAGUCACUUUGUUAUACGAACGUAUGAAAGUGUUCAUUAAUAAAGAAAAACACGACAGCAGUGGCAAUAAACGUGUCGCAAGCAGUAAAGCAGCGGACGAUUUCUGUCGUCAUUUCUAUUGUUGAUGAUUCAGUCAUCCCGCCGUCGAUCGCCGUCGUCUAGCGUUUUCCCGUUAUGAUAAUUCGAGCAAGCCACCGGCUACCAACAAUGUAAAAUAGCCAUCGAUGCAAUACUGUCACUAUUAACGUUAGUGCAAUGAUCAUGUGAGCAGUCGCGCGCCGUGCGCUUCACAGCUUAUAGUGGAACUUGAUCAUCAGUUUUCAACUAUUUAAGUUUUGUGCAGAGACCAUUUUCUCAAGCGACUAACGUAACUCAGAUCACUUCUGUGACAAUUAGCGUUUUUCAGUCGUCCUGCUCGUUCCGUAGAGUAGUUCAACCUAAUCUUCUUCAUUAUUGCCGUUCACCCGUCCACUCCAGGUUCCCGCCAUAAGUUAAAGGCUAUCGACAACAUAAAAAGGUCGAAUACUUUAGACGUGGAGGAACGCCGCCGAUUGUUGUUAAGUAAUAAAGGACCAGUCAACCAGAAGGUAUCAGCUCUGAUCAGUAAAUUUCACCUUUUCUUGGUUCAAAAUCAAAUCGGUAGCCGAAAGUUAGCUCUGGUAUGUCGAUAUCAGGGUGGCCCAGCUUUCGGUGUUGAUGUAAGAACGCGAAGCUGGUUUAGGGAAAAGUAGCAAACAAACGUUUCUGUGGAAAAAGGAAGAGAUUAGUAUAUUGAAGGAAAGCCGAGACUGCUCGAAAAAGCAAAAAUAGACAAAGACAGUUUUUGUUUGUUUUUUUACUUCCUUUUACUUCCAAUUGCUCAUGUAUCUCGCACAGCGAGUACCGAAGAAGCGGGGAGGGGGGUUACAGCUUGGAGUUGCAACGGCGAAGCAGUCGCACAAAAAAUCCUGCUACAGGGGUAAACAAAGCAAGGAGGAAAACUAAAUUGCGAAAUAAUUGUUUCUGUCAUCCUCCGACGGCGAGAUCAACCGUUCAGCGAUAACAGGAUCUAAAUCCAGUGCUGUCCUCCUCUCGGGUUAUUGGCUAAGUCGCAGCUUAUUCAGCGCCAGGAAAAUGGUCUGGGUUUGUUGCAUCAACUCUAUUUCGCUAUGAAGUCAGCCUGAUCGACAACGGUGCUAAACCACACGCAACGCGACUGCUCCUGGUCGCCAGACGAUGAUAGCCAGUAGAUGACUAAUUAAGAAAGUAGAUCAGAGAUCGGAGUCAAGAUUAAGUAUGAGAUUAAGCCGUUCAGCAGAAUAUCUUCAUUUCAUUUCAUUUGUAUGCCAGUUAUAAACUAAACACAGCAUACAACUAUUAGAGAGGCCAAGAAAACUAAAGAAGAAAGAAGUUGGUAACUUGGAACAGAACCGAAGAACCACAACCAAAGUCCAGAAAGGACUGAAGUUAGAUAACGAAAAUUCGAAUUCUACUUGCGGUUGCUACCGAUUGCGUUGUUUCCAUGUAGAACAAGUAUCUGUUCCCGCCCCUCCUUCCCACGUUUAACUUUCUGUACGUCAUGAAAUCAAUGCGCCAACACUGAACAACGUCAACUAAGCAUUGAAUGUCUUUGUCUAUGAGAUCGUACCAUCAUCAGCCCGGCUACAGUACGUGAUUCGUUUACCUGUACAUAAGUCAAGUUCAGAGAUGGUAGCCUAUGAUGUGGUGCUUUCGGCUUAACGUUUGCCAGAUUUGUUAUUCAGAAAUUCUCAGAAAGCAGUAGAGUGCUUCGGACGGAGUGGAUCUUCGUAACACGUACGUCAUCGUAGUUUUCUAGGAGUUACUUGUGCGUCCGUAGUGCCAGUUCUGCGUGCGUACGCAGCAGAACUUGAAAUCAUCGCCGUUGUCACCUAACGGUGUUAAGCGUUCGUUGUACCAUUUCGCAGACGCGGCAUUGUUCACUGCGCAUUUCUUGUACGAACUAGCAUUACCAUAGUUAUUAUCGUGACUUAGUACCGUGCUCAGUACUUAGUUAGUACCGUGCUUACGAUUAGAUACCGUAGCUCGCCUGUAGCCUACCCACAGAGCAGACUCCGCUACGCUGUCAUUUUCGUCGGUAGCAACAACUGCACGAGUGCAGUUGAAACAGCAGGAGACGCUAUAGAGACGUCCGGCGACGAUGAAAAUUCGGCGGAUGUCGCUACUAGAGGCUCGAGGCUCAGGCCCCCCCCUUAAAGCACACGACGACGAGAGGAGCGAUCGUUCACUACUCGAGAGCGAACAGAUCGGCGUCAACAUCAGCGGUUCAAACGUGCGACGCCGGCCGCGCGCCCGACCCCACCUUGGCUAUGGGGGCCGGAAAAGAAAGGCAGCUGCGGGGCCGAGCCUGAUCCUAUUAAAAGGAAGAAAUAACCAGUACAGCCGAUCCCAGCAGCGAUGUAAUGCGAAUCGUUGUAGCCCCCAAAAGUUUCCUCAGUUGUCCUCGGUGUCUGUACUCAUGCCGUCGAUCAUAUCGAUAUCAAGAUCAGUGCCCAACUCCACGGCAGCAUCGCUAUCUUCGUUAGCCACAAAACAGAAAAUAAAUCAAACAAAUACUGCAGAUACAUUAACAAGUUCUGCAAGCAGCAUCACUCCUACUGAAAUUGCGAAAACAAAUACGUGCUGUGAUCAUCGUACUAACAAUACCUCAGACUCAUUGACGAUGCGAGCGCCACGACCGAAUAAUAGUCGAAGAUUAAGGUGUCGUCCAUCACAAAAAUGUCCGCCGUCACUGCAACCACGACCACGGAAACCACUACGAUUGUCGCCGUUACCACAUCUACUCUUCUGCGCAAUGUUGUUUGUGGGAUCAACUCAACUCGAGCGGGCCCAUGCCAAGGAUCAGGACCUCAUUGGACAUCAAAUAAAAAGCUGGGCAGUGCGUUUUGCUAAAGACCUAAAAGUCGCAAAUGAAGUAGCAUCGAAUUACAGCGCAAUUAAAACUUCAUUCAGUAACGAGCUGUUCAAGGUGUCGAAUAAAGGGAACACCCUCUUCGAGGACAUCACGCGGUCGCUAGCCAACCUCGUCCGCAAGAAACAAGAAUCCGUGGAACAUCUCUAUCGUGAAACCGAAAAGCUCGUGGAGACCUCACGUUAUGACAGCAGUCCGUUCGACCUAGUCAACGCCAAACGCCUUGUCCCCCGUCCCGAAAAUGAUAAAUACCCUCAUCCGGACGGCUGUACGGACGACUUUGGAGUGCUUCGUAAAGAUGAGGAAGGCAUUCCGCUUCUAGGGUGCGUGGAGAAGCGUCUCGAUCUUAACUACUCGUCCUACUUUGAGCAGGAGGUCAGCUUCGACAAGAGUGCCAUCCAUGUCGCUACAAAUAUCUACACUAGAGCUGAGCAUGUCAUGCACGCAAUACGGAUGUCAUCAGAAUUGGACAACCGCUUCCGGGCCAAUAGAGGGUCCGACCCUUACCUUUCAUUCCAGUUCUUUUGUAGUCAUACCGGAUUCCUUAGGCUGUAUCCUGCGGUCCAAUGGCCGGACAUGGAGCCCGACAUGUAUGAAUGCCGUAGUCGAUCGUGGUACGUCCAGGCGGCGGCCUCGGCCAAGGAUAUUGUUAUCCUGCUUGACGUCAGCGGCUCCAUGACCGGACUGCGGAAAGAGAUUGCCAGGAACGUCGUUAUUAACAUCCUCGAGACGCUAACGGACAACGACUUCGUCCAGGUGCUAACGUUUAAGAAUGACUGUCUUCCUUUAGUACCGUGUUUUGACAUGCCCGUGCAGGCCAACCAGCGCAAUAUUCGCGAGUUCAAAGAGUAUCUCAAUAAACUUGACACGCAGAACAUAGCCAACUUCUCCUCCGCACUUACGGAAGCAUUCGAAUUGCUUCAAAGGUUCAAUAGGUCAAAAGGCGGAUCGCAGUGUAAUCAAGCGAUCAUGCUCAUAACCGAUGGCGCCCCCAGCAACUACCAGGACAUCUUCUUCCGCUAUAACUAUCCGAACAUACCCGUGCGAGUCUUCACAUACCUUAUCGGGAGGGAGGUCACCGAUACUAGAGAGGUCAACUGGAUGGCAUGCAGUAAUAGAGGCUAUUAUACCCAUGUUACAACGUUAGCAGAAGUCAGGGAACAAGUUCUUAAGUACAUACCCGUCAUGAGUAGGCCUAUAGUUUUAGCAAGAAAGCAUCCCGUCAUCUGGACCGCGGCCUAUCCAACGGUCACCGAAAUAUUACUAACCGAUAACUUGUGGGAGGAGCGCGAAAGGGCGAGGUUCAAGGCUGAGGGAUUGAGGAACCUCCGCAGGCGGAUGCAGAGGGACAGCCACGUUAGAGACCAAAACAACACCGAAUAUUACUACGAUACUGAUGAUUACGAAGAUGAAGAUGAGGAUUACGACAAUAAAACACAACCGUUAAAGUCGGCAGAACGUUCACAACGUCGACGGAAACGCAGUCCCGAAGAGGGUCCUUCCGGUGCUGGAGGCGGCGCUAAAUCUCUCCGAGCAAAUGCGCCUAUCCGCGGGGAUGUUAGCUAUAUCUCACUCUCGGACCAACUGGCGCUUCGACCGGAGAACAGGGACUACCCCGAAACGAAGAAACGGAAGCCCCUUAUGCUCACCACCGUAGCCAUACCCGUCUUCAACAUCUCGAAGGGCGAAAAUGAUACGAAUGCUACAUCACACCUCCUCGGAGUCGUCGGAGUGGACGUGCCUGUGCGCGAGUUGGAGCGGCUAGCGAGCCCCUUCCAGCUGGGCGUCAAUGCGUAUCCACUCAUUCUGAAUAAAAAUGGACACCUCAUCUCACAUCCUGACCUCAGACCGAUGUUCCAGGAUUUUGUAAAGCCUUUCCAUAGCAACGUGGAUCUGCUCGAAGUAGAACUCCUGGAUAGUCAGCUGAGUGCUCGGGACUUUUCGCAGACCUUCAAGGAUCUGCGUAAAAAUAUGAUUGAUGGGCGACGGGGCUGGACUGAGCCCCAUAAUGUGCGCGUCCACAUGGAUGGAAUGAAGCGAGUGGCCGUGCGCAAACAGCGUUACUACUACGGGCCCGUUGGAAACUCGGUGUUCGCGCUGGCCAUCGCUCUUCCACAGCCUUAUGGCUCCUAUGGAGUGGAAGCACAGUUCGAACUCAGCAACCCCGCCAAUCUAAAAAUCGAUGUAUAUAAGCAAUUUUUCGAGGGAACGGACUGGCACGUGCAUCCGAAUUGGACGUAUUGCGAGGACGACAAUGCCGAGCGGGGCUGGCAUAACAUCGAAAAAAGGGGUAUUGACAGAGUUCAGCGAAACGCCAUUGCAUCUUUACUGAAGGCGUGGCGUACUGAGCGAAACCCCAAGUUCAGUCCUGAGCCCAAUCGGCCCAACAAGAUGCACCAGUUUAAAACCUGGACGUGCGACCUCGACUUAUUACAAAGUUUGAUCCAUGAUGCGACCCGGACGGCGCCGCACAUUCUGGAGCAGGUCAAGAGUCAACACCCCCCCGCGAGUACUAAAAGUCGCGCGAGUGGCAUGUACAAUCCGCUUCACACUUUACUCCAGCUGCUUCCCAGGGACGUCUUGACUCAAAGCAACGGAAUUAUCUCGGCCUUUGUCGCCACGCGGAGUGGACUCCUCCGGGUGCAAACGUUCCUCGAUCAGAACAUCUCCGAGUCUGAAAAAUUCUACAAUAAAUAUCCUCGAUCAAUAGACGAACUAUUCUACAAACGAGCCGUGGACUUCUAUUAUCAUUCAAAUGCAUCCAAGGAGGCUUUUGUCUACUCUGUGCCAUUUGACGCUGGAGAAAGUCUGCAAGCAGAAGGCACGCCUAUCGUGAUGACAGCGACACGUGUCGUGAUGUUGGGUAACUCGGAGAACGCAACCGCUCCGGUAGCCGUCGUGGGCGUACAGAUCGACCAUCAAAUCUUUACGGAAAAAUUCUUCAAUUCCACUUUGACCGCUUGCGAUCAGGUUGCAUCAAAAGAUUGCAAAUUCAAAUGCAACAGUGAAGCUAGCGGGUUCGACUGUUAUCUUCUUGAUUCAAAUGGUUUUAUCAUCUCCACUGCCAACUCUUCAGAUGUCCUUUUGGUUGGGAAAUUCUUCGGGGAAGUCGACGCGGCGGUGUUCAAUCAGCUGAUCAAGUAUAACAUCUUUAAGAAAGUUACUAUUUAUGACUAUCAAGCGGUGUGCUUCGACAAGAAGCCAGGCCAAGCUUCAGCCUCUCGUCUGCUUAAUCCAUUUAAAAGCGUUCUUAACGGCCUCAUGUUCCUGCUUAACACCUUCGUAACCAACAUCGUUAAGAUGGCCGCCAUCGCUAUCGACACGGAAUGGUGGUUCCAUGAGCCCCUACGGGCAUUCGGAUACGAUAACGACGCGGUCGCGGGCGACGACGGGGACAAUCCCCAUCCUGGUAUGUCGUUCACUCAAGUGCGGCCCUGUGAUAGAGAAAUCGACCUCUACAUCAUGGCCAAUUUAGGCGAGAAUCCAACGUUCGGCAAUGUGCACCAGUGUAACGUGGCUUGCAACCAUACCUUCAUCGUCCAACCGGUCUAUGACAGUAAUAUGUUGAUGGUUGCUAUACCCCACGCGUGUCAACACUGUGAACGUGAACGGCUCCGUCUUGAGCCCCAUGAAGCGUUGCUGCCUGAAUCCAAUGUAACAACAGCCUGCGUAAAGACACCGCUGCACAGGCAGAGGCCAGACACGUGCUAUAACUACCAUGCGGCCCCCGACCGGCGUUUCCGCACCAAUGAGCCUAUCUGUGAAGAGGGCUACAGCUACUUCUACAAGAAGUUCGCCUGCGAAAAGGAAAUGCUAAGAGAGCUUGAUCUAAAGGAGCAGUGCGGAUCCUCCACGACGAGCUCCCUGAGCUGGCCGCUACUUCUGCUCUGUGGACUCCUCACAUUGCUGCUGCGACACCGGGAUCCGUUUAAUGUAGACCAGGAUAUCAAUCUUAGAUUCAUAGGCCUGAGAUAAUAGAUACUACCAAUGUCAGCUACAAAGCCAGCAGGACCGGAUACGGAAAGUUGGACUAUGUGACAGUUUGAGCUGGAAUCGUUUACAUAUUCAGAACACAGUUCGAGGCAUCAUUAGAAAUCGAUCGGGCAGCCAAAACGCUGUAUCGUACAUGCAGCACAAAUAAAGGAAAUGCAGGUUAAAAUCAACCAUGCUAUGAAGUAUCCGUCAAUGUCUUUUGAGCUCAGUAGGCGUUGACGUAACGAAUGGAGUAGUUUUGCAUCGAUUCCUCGCGCCAUGUUGCAAGCCAUGAUGUCACCUCUUCAACAAGAAAUAGUGAAAAUAUCAACAGUAACUCUGAUCCCUUGACCUCUGUACAGACUGCCUCUAAUCAGUCUGUCCAAUCUUUGUCUUAUAUCGAUAGAGCACUCACCCUUGGGUGGGCUUGGCAACGGGCAUUAAUAGCAAGCCAAUCGUAUGGUACGAACCUUCACCGGCCCCGUUUUACUGCUGAAAUUUCUCGGUGCGCUGGCCGCGACUGGUUUUGUAGUACACUCUACUCCCUAGUCGUUGACAAUACAACUUGUAAUAAGAAUGAUUAGAAACCUAUUGAUAGUACGAUGUAUCGAGCCCGGUCAAAUGCGGCUGGUUUGACCUGAGUUAAUUUUUACUCUAUCUCUUGAUACCAAUAGUAAUUACAAUGAAGUGUACGCGUGUGCAUGUAAUACGAUGGGGCAAUCAAAGGAAAGAUAGAAAAGACUUUGUAUAUACGCAUGCAUAGACACACAAGUAACAACUAUAGACAAAUGCUAAUUCCUCGAAGAACAAUGGCAUUGAGGUUGAUAGGUCUGUCGUUUGUAUGCCUUCUUAUUGGAGGAAAUGUAACGAAUAACCGCACAUAAGGACAGGUUUACGCAGUCUUUGUGAACCUCUCUCAAACCUGUCGCAUCAGUAGGAGAUAGGUAAAAAUGGCUACUAAUCUUCGUAGCUAAAAUAGGACGAAGGUGAUGAUGUGUACGCAAAAAAAAAGUUUGAGAAUUUUGGCGACGCUAAACAUGAGAUAGCGCUCACUUCAGAGGGAAUACAAAGCACAUAUAUGUAAAAGACAACUUAUUAAAAUAAAAAUUAUUGAUGCUAGUUCAUAUAACACAAUCACUAUUACUAAGUUUCACGACUAAGGAGGACGCAUAGAUUAUCAAAAAGAACGAAGAAUAUCAAGUAAAAACGACACGCUGCUAAGCAUAAUUGACAGUGUAAACUCUAUUUUGUCUAGUAGGCAGAGAUGGUAGGCUUAAAGGAAAGAUGGGACGAUGCAAAAAUGAUUGAUCGGGAUUCGAACGAAGUCGUUCGAGUUCUUCCUGAUGCCAGCGAAACGCUUCGCAAAUGUUGUUUGUUCAUUGAAUAAUAAGUUCAUUAUUGAUGGUGUUUUUCUGCCCCGCUCAAUUGAGAUUAACUAGAUCUACCCUUCUAACGUAACGAGGCAUGAUUAUUAUUAUUAUUUUUUUCACCAUAACGAGCUGGUCGUUGAGGUAAAUAUUAUAGCCAACAGACGCGAAAUAAUUAAAUUGAUCAUAAAAUUACUAAUAUUAUUAAGAUCAAUUUCACAAUCGAAGGCAACAAUGAACGUGAUUUUGUAUACGUUUGAGAUAUAACAAGUAGAAAGGCAAGCACGUUAGAGAUUUUUGUGGGAUAAAUAUAGCCAGAAUAUAUGGACGCAGUGUAGACGGAUAGCAGAUAAAUCACUGUGACUGAAACAGUUGUCAGUACCAAUGGGUCAAGUGCAGGGGCUACGACAUAAGCCAUAAAAAUGCCUAAAAACUCAAUAAGUAGCAGUUAACAUAUAGCUAUAAUAGGAUAUUCGUACGAGAUUUAUUUAAGAGGAAGAGGAGGAGGAGGACCGCCACCGAGCUGGUAAAAGGCAGCACGACGAAACAUCAUAACGUCGAAAUGACGCCGAUAGCGUCAAUGAAGACAACGUUACGUGUAUCACGCCGGUGGCGUGAGCACGUAAAAGCCCCUGUGCAAUUUUGUAUAUAGAUGAAUAAUACGAGUACUGGUAGACUAACUAAUGAAGAAAAAUGGAACGAAACAAAGAAUAAAUUUACUGAUAGUACGACAUUUUUCACAGACAGAGACAAUUUUACAGAUAGAAAUCUUCACUUUACUUCGGACAGCCAAUCCCAACCAGGUAGUAAUUUCACCCUAAUAUACUCCCUAACAACGUGCAUAGGACCGCCUGCGAAGCCGAUCGCGAUAGAAGUUAGAACGGACGCUCGUUCGACGAGGUGACGAGGUUCUGAUAAAGCUUCAUGUAGAAACGAUUCUGUGAGGGAAUCCUAUACAGACAGGUAGCCAUAUAUCCAGGAGAACGACGAUAUAAUAGAAUAGUUAUUAUGCGAAGCUUGAUUAUGAAGUGGUUCGCCUUUUUUUUUUCAAGCGGAGAAAAAAGUUCCUUCAUUGAAAUGGUCACAACGUUUCUGACGCGGCCUUUUUGUGCUAUUUGCAGUUGCAUCAUAUCUAGCUUAUCUAUUUUUAAUGUACUGUUAUCACGAUGGCCGUGACUGUCAUUGAGCGUCUUCAUUGAAUAUUUGUAAGUGAUUAUCGGAAGCGACUGUUUUAUCGUCGAUGUCAAAAAACGAGUAUUCAUUUAGCAACAAACAAAAGUAAGUGAAGAUGUUCUUCUUUGCGUUGAAGCGACUCAGUUCCGUUGCUGCGCCAGUGGGGGUAAUGUGAAUUGUUCCCGUUUUACUGAAGUUCUCUGACUUCAGGCCAUUAUCAAACCAUAAGCAUAUAUACUGGGAAUAAAUAGCGAUUCAAUGCAUUACUGUAGCAGUGUAUAUCUAUCGACAUAAUUACACGGUAAACUAACUGUACAUUUGUGUGUUUCUGCAUCGAUUUUGAUAAGUCAAAUCUAUCUAACAAUAGAUUAAGUAACAAAUCGUUUCAAAUAGACUAAUGUUCUCAUUUUGUUUGAAAUUCUGUGUGUAAACUGGGUCGGCGUAUAUCGCCGUCGAUAUUAGUAAUCUAUUAGAUAUUUAUCAUCUAAGUAUAGCGGUUUUGCGUCCUCUAUCACUGUUUUUCUCAAUCGUUCCUGCGUAUAGGGUAGCGGAGAUACAUAUGUUUUUUUUUCUACUUCAAGUAGAGAAUAUUUAAUCGUAAACACGUAACACCGAACAGCUACGUCGAAAUACUGUCGAGAAGCUCUCGUAAUUUGUAGAAAGGACCUGGAUAGGGCUAACCGAGGCUGGUAGAAGUAGGCGGUCCUAUUUUCCUAGCAUAUGCCACAAUUCGCCCAUCCCUAUUUGCUCUUGACGGAAAGCAAAGUGUGUUAGUUGUAGAUGGCUCGGGAAAAGUGGACGAGAUGCCAAAUUGAUGUAGCUUUCAUCAGUUUUCCUUAUUGCUAGUCUAUUCCCGCCGGGACGGUGCCAGUAUUUUCGCACCCGAUAAUAUUGAAUGCUUUCUAAGCAAAUAGUGCUCGUGAAUUGAAUAGAUAAUGUUCAAAAUACUACUACAUUGGAAAUAAAUGGUCGUCCAAUGGAAAUUUUUUUUUUUUUGAGUAUAUAUAUCGAAUGGGUUUACCUUGCAUGCUUAGACUGCUGCUUCGUUUAAAAAAAAACCGCCGAUUGUUAUGCUCUAAAGUUGUUUGUCUCGUUUUUUUUUUUUGUUACAUAACGAACGAUUCUAAAUAGUGCGGUCCAAUCGGUUGGGACCUCCUGCUUCAUCCAAUCCAACUAAUAUUGACGUUGCUACAUUUCCAUCUGUCAAUCGAAGUCUGCAGAAUUGUUUAUAUCUGUCUAACAUUUAAUUGUGUGUCCUAUAGACAAACUGGACAAUGUACGAGUUUGAGAAAUUAACAUUAGUAAGCAACAAAUGGUAACAUUACGUGACAAGGACCAUAUAUACGAAAUAAUCUCAUUAAUCACGACGGUACCAACUUCGAUGAUGCUGAAUACAAUGGAAUGAUCGAUUCAAACGCGCUUAGGUCGGGCGAAGAAAUCGAAUUGAGAAACAUAAGCAGACAUAGAGGAAGGGAGAGAAAACUUAGAAAAAGACAAGAAGCAUAAUAACACAGGGGAUGUAGACUGACGCAAAGCUAACAAUGGAUUUUGCGCUAUCGUCCGUUGUUAUCUUACGAAGAUCAAAGCAAGGAAGAACUGAAAAAACGAAAGCAAGGACGAAAAUUUAGUAGCGAAUUUGUGAAGAAUUUGUUAAAUUUUUACCACAGUCAUGAUAACUAUUAUUAAUAAAUGUUCA